AUGUCAGUUUCGGAGAAAUCUACUUCCGUUAGAGAGAUUGAUCCUUUAUUGAAGGAUUUAAAUGAGAAGAAGCAAAGUUUUAGGAAAAAUGUUGUUUCUUUAGCUGCUGAGUUAAAGGAAGUACGUAACCGCCUUGCAUCUCAAGAGCAAUCAUUUGCUAAAGAAACUAUAACCAGACAGGAAGCAGAAAAUAAGGCAAAAACCAUGGAAGAGGAGAUUAGUAGAUUGCAGGAGAGAUUGGAAGAGAGGAAUGACCAGCUUCAGUCUUCAGCUUCUGCUGCUGAGAAGUACCUCACAGAGUUGGAUGGUCUCAGAUCACAACUUGCAGUCACGCAAGCAACUGCAGAUGCAAGUGCUGCCUCAGCUCAGUCAGCACAGCUUCAAUGUUUAUCACUGAUAAAGGAAUUAGAUGCAAAGAAUAGCUCGUUAAAAGAGCAUGAAGAGCGCGUAACUAGGCUAGGUGAGCAAUUAGAUAAUUUGCAGAAGGAUCUUGAAGCAAGGGAAUCUUCCCAAAAGCAACUGAAAGAUGAAGUUAUGAGAAUUGAGCAUGACAUCAUGCAAGCUAUUUCCCAGGCAGGAGAUAGUAAAGAGUGUGAACUGAGAAAAUUAUUAGAUGAAGUUUCUCCUAAAAACUUUGACAAGAUGAAUAAACUUUUGGUUGUUAAGGAUGAAGAAAUAGCCAAACUGAAAGAUGAAAUAAGAGUUAUGUCUGCUCACUGGAAGCUUAAAACCAAGGAAUUAGAAUCACAGUUAGAGAAACAACGACGAGCUGAUCAAGAAUUGAAGAAGAGGGUGUUGAAGUUGGAAUUCUGUCUUCAGGAAGCUCGUGCUCAGACACGAAAGCUCCAGCGGAUGGGAGAGCGAAGGGACAGAGCUCUGAAAGAACUCCGAGCUCAGUUAGCAGCGAAACAGCAGGCUGUACCCGAGGGAAAUAAUGAAAAGCAAAAUUUCUGGGAGACAUCUAGCUUCAAGCUUGACAUUAUUAGUGUUGUGGGGACAGAAGGGAUUGUGCUACCAACAGAAUAUGUCAUUUGCUUGAACUAUAAGCUUGCUGAUGCUGUUUCCUAA